AUGGUCAACCAAAAUAUCCACAGUUUUUCGAAAUAUGAUUGGGUUCUUGAUUCAGCCACAAUGUCACACAUUUUGGCAGUCAACUUUAGAAUUGAUGGCCAAUCAAUCAAACACACUUUGCGGAAUGUGUUGCAUGUCCCGAAAGCACCAAAUUGCUUACUCUCAAUUCCUCGCUUAGCAAUUGGAGGAGGAAGGGUAGAAUUUAAUGGCAAUGGAUGCCAACUAUAUGACAAAACUAAUAGAGUCAUUGGAAAGGGAAAGUUGACAAACAUGUUAUAUUUGCUUGAUGCAUGUGUGGAAUUGCCAAAUCGGGAAAGUGCCCAAUACGCAUCAAUUCAGACACACUCUUGGGAUCAAUGGCAUUGA